UUCUGCGCUCUGUUAUCAGGGUGUGGGGAGGGAAACCUGGGUUUAGUUCUUCCGCAGGGAGCGGGAGAGACGCUUUCGCGGAUAGUCAACUGCUGGCAAAGAAUUGUCUCUGGGCUGAAAGCUCCCGGAGGCCCGGCUCCGCAGAGGUCAGGGUGUGGUUGCUCUGAGAGCCGAAGGCUAGUGUAGCCCGCCGGGGCACAUAGGGACCCGGAGCCAGGCAGGAGAACCAAGGGAGAGGACAACGCCGGGAUCCGACCCAGCUACGGGGAUCCGGGCCCGGCCGGCUGCUUGGCCUCUCGGCCCUCGCAGCCCUUUUUUCCUCCGCCCUCCGAGAGACACCUUGGCAGCUUCUUUGCCCCAAGGGAUCUUUCCUUUGGACCCCUGGGGUGGGAUGUCUCAGGGCCGGCGGAAUCCGACUCACCUUCCCCGCUGGGCAGCCCGGGACUAAAUUAAUCAGCCUGCGCCCCCACCCUCUUGUCCUGGACCCGGCCCUCUUAAGCGCGUUCUGCCUGGGUGUGUACGGGGGAUGCUUCUGUGCGCUGGCGCCAGGGCACUCUGGCUUCCCUCCCCGUCCGUGCGUGUCCACUCGGAGGCUCUCUCGGGCCGAGCCUUUCCUUUUGCCGGCUGGGCCCAGUGGCCGAAGAGGGGUACGCGAGUGGGGCGGGCUGGUGGAGCGAGCCCUGGAGAGGCGGACAGGAGGGCGGCGGAGAGCGCUGGGCCGGUUGUCUCCAGCGCGCACUAUCGCGGGCGCGUAGUAGAUGUCGCUGUUGUCCGUGCUUACGCGGCCGGCCGGCCGGGCUCUGGAGCACGUGACCUGAGAGGAGGCUGCGGCUCAAGGCCAUUUUCAAAUCUCAUUGGCUUGGUUGUCAUGUGGUCGGCAGAGGCAUCCACAAUUACACGGGGAAUGUUUUCCUAGAGAUGUCAGCCUACAAAGGACACAAUCUCUCUUCUUCAAAUUCCUCCCCAAAAUGUCCUUUCCCAACAGCUCUCCUGCUGCUAAUACUUUUUUAGUAGAUUCCUUGAUCAGUGCCUGCAGGAGUGACAGUUUUUAUUCGAGCAGCGCCAGCAUGUACAUGCCACCACCUAGCGCAGACAUGGGGACCUAUGGAAUGCAAACCUGUGGACUGCUCCCGUCUCUGGCCAAAAGAGAAGUGAACCACCAAAAUAUGGGUAUGAAUGUGCAUCCUUAUAUACCUCAAGUAGACAGUUGGACAGACCCGAACAGAUCUUGUCGAAUAGAGCAACCUGUUACACAGCAAGUCCCCACUUGCUCUUUCACCACCAACAUUAAGGAAGAAUCCAAUUGCUGCAUGUAUUCUGAUAAGCGCAACAAACUCAUUUCGGCCGAGGUACCUUCUUACCAGAGGCUGGUCCCUGAGUCUUGUCCCGUUGAGAACCCUGAGGUUCCCGUCCCUGGAUAUUUUAGACUGAGUCAGACCUACGCCACCGGGAAAACCCAAGAGUACAAUAACAGCCCCGAAGGCAGCUCCACUGUCAUGCUCCAGCUCAACCCUCGUGGCGCGGCCAAGCCGCAGCUCUCCGCUGCCCAGCUGCAAAUGGAAAAGAAGAUGAACGAGCCCGCGAACGGCCAGGAGCCCACCAAAGUCUCUCAGGUGGAGAGCCCCGAGGCCAAAGGCGGCCUUCCUGAAGAGAGAAGCUGCCUGGCUGAGGUCUCCGUGUCCAGUCCCGAAGUGCAGGAGAAGGAAAGCAAAGAGGAAAUCAAGUCUGAUACACCAACCAGCAAUUGGCUCACUGCAAAGAGUGGCAGAAAGAAGAGGUGCCCUUACACUAAGCACCAAACGCUGGAAUUAGAAAAAGAGUUCUUGUUCAAUAUGUACCUCACCCGCGAGCGCCGCCUAGAGAUCAGUAAGAGCGUUAACCUCACCGACAGGCAGGUCAAGAUUUGGUUUCAAAACCGCCGAAUGAAACUCAAGAAGAUGAGCCGAGAGAACCGGAUCCGAGAACUGACCGCCAACCUCACGUUUUCUUAGGUCUGAGGCCGGUCAGAGGCCAGGAUUGGAGAGGGGACACCCCGUUCCAGGGCCCAGUGCUGGAGGACUGGGAAAGCGGAAACAAAACCUUCACCGCUCUUUGUUUUUUGUUUUGUUGUAUUUUGUUUUCCUGCUAGAAUGUGACUUUGGGGUCAUUAUGUUCGUGCUGCAAGUGAUCUGUAAUCCUUAUGAGUAUAUAUAUAUAUAUAUAUAUUAAAAAACUUAGCACGUGUAAUUUAUUAUUUUUUCAUCGUAAUGCAGGGUAACUAUUACUGCACAUUUUCAUUUGGGUCUUAACUUAUUGUAGAGCAUCCAUCCAUCCAUCCAUCCAGCAAUGUGACUUUUUCAUGUCUUUCCUAACACAAAAGGCUCUGUGUGUGUGGUUAGUACAUGAAUUCAUGGCAUUUUGAAUACAUCCAGUACUUUUAAAAUGACAUAUAUAUUUAAAAUAAAAUAUUAAGAAAACCCACAAGCUUGGAGGGAGGGGGACUAAAAAAGCACAUUCCAAUGUAUCUUUUCACAAAUGAAUUUAGCAAUUGUCUUUGGUGAGAUGGAACAUUGACGAUUUAUGCCUUGUAGCCUUUCCCUUGUGGUGCAUCUGUGGUUUGGUAGAAGUACAACAGCAACCUGUCCUUUCUGUGCAUGUUCUGGUCGCAUGUAUAAUGCAAUAAACUCUGGAAACCAGUUC